AGGCGCUCCAAUCGCUUGUAGAGAUCAUCGCUGGAGCCAGGCGGUUGUGUCGAUCUCCGCUCCAACUGGAGACGGGGUCCAAGCCAUGGCGGAGAAGGCUCAAAAGAGUGUGAAGAUUGCUCCUGGAGCAGUUGUGUGUGUAGAAAGUGAAAUUCGAGGUGAUGUAACCAUAGGACCUAGGACGGUAAUACACCCUAAAGCACGAAUUAUUGCAGAAGCCGGGCCGAUAGUGAUUGGUGAGGGUAACCUCAUAGAAGAACAGGCACUUAUCAUAAAUGCUCACCCUGAUAAUAUCACCCCUGAUGCUGAGGAUCCAGAACCAAAACCUAUGAUCAUUGGCACCAAUAAUGUGUUUGAAGUUGGCUGUUAUUCCCAAGCCAUGAAAAUGGGAGAUAAUAAUGUUAUUGAAUCAAAAGCAUAUGUGGGCAGAAAUGUAAUACUGACAAGUGGUUGCAUCAUUGGAGCUUGCUGCAGCCUGAAUACAUUUGAGGUCAUCCCUGAGAAUACAGUGAUUUACGGUGCAGACUGCCUUCGUCGGGUACAGACUGAGCGACCACAGCCCCAGACUCUACAGCUGGAUUUCCUGAUGAAAAUCUUGCCAAACUACCACCACCUAAAGAAGACUAUGAAAGGAAGCUCAACUCCAGUUAAGAACUAAGAACAAUAUAUGACAUCAAGAUAACAGUUUGACUACUGUCUUUUGAAAGGGCCACAGUUGUUCACGUACUCUUAGCAAUUCACAGAAUAAUAUGUGUUGAUUUUAUUUUGUAAAAUUGAGUCAGAGAGGAAGGUAAUGGAUUUUCUUUGUAACUGUCCUCUAUAAUUUAUAUAAAAUGCAUUAUUUUCCUAUAGCCUUGCUCCUUUUCUGAGAAUUUCCAGGUUUGAUUUAUUUUUCUUUUGUCAUAUAAAAUGUUGUCAUAUAAAAUGAAUUUUAGUUGUAUAAAAGACUCCGUGAUAAGAAAGGGCAUAUUGUUAUGUAUUUAUAUUCUAGCAUAUAUUGUACUAAAUAAAAGUGCUAAUGACAGGA